CCAUUUGCGUCCAAUCUUCGAGAGAAUUAAAAAGGAUUUAGAAGCAAGAUGUAUGAGAACACAUGCGUGUCGCCGCGAGUAUUCUCAGCAAUACAGAAUGUCGAUAUCCAAGAACUGUCAUUGUGCUCGCAUAAGGAGAUCAGGCCGAUUCUACCAUGUUUAGUUAGGAUGAGCCUCAUCUCGCCGUUGGAUAUAACGAAGGAGUGCGUGGAGGGUAGAAAACAAGUUCUAACAAUAUUAUCCGGCAUCGAGUCCGUCAAUUCUAUUAUCGCCUUAUUGUCGAUCGAUUUCCACGCCCUCGAGACUGACGUCCGGCAAGAGCAGCAGUUAAGACAAAAACCUGGCAGCCAACGGGACAGUGUGUUGGCCCAGUCUGUGCAGAGUGGCUUGGCGCUGGAAUUUGAACGCAGCGAGUCCAUUCACAGGAUCAGAUUGGUGCUCAGAGAGAUCCUGCUUAUAGCGACACAGAUACAGGAACUGCAGAAGAAUCAGGAGUUCCAGAUCAGACAGUCAGACCUGUUUGACAAUGCUGUCUACAUGGAAGAAAUAAGCUAUGUGAUAUGUAUUGCUCUCGCUGAAUUACCAACGUUGCUCUCUAUCCUGGACAUUGCAGAGACUCUGUUGCAUGUCAAGCAUGGCCCCAACAUCAUCUGUUGGAUUGUCGCCAACAGCCCAGACAGCUUCUUGGAGGUAUGCACUCAUUUGAUCGCCAACGGGGAACGGCAAGAAGAGUCCGCAUUAGGCAGGAUCAGAACACAGGCAAUCACGAUGCUCUGCCAGAUGAAUCCGAGCCAAGCGCUAGCGAUUAGGGCCAAGUGCGUGGAAUUGUGUCGGAUGCCCGCGCUGGCCAUUGCUCUGAGCUUGGAGCAUGAGAACGCAAACAGUUCACAGCCGGAGAGUGACGUGGUUGCCUUUGUCUCUGGCUUGCUGCUCGGUAGCGAUCAACAAGUGCGCUCGUGGAUCGCGAUGUUCAUAAGGAAUGGACAGAAGCGUAAGUGGGAAUCACAGACGGCUUUGCAGUCACUGCGGGAGGAACUGCUCAAAAGGCUGCAGACGAUUGCGUCACAGAGCACGGAUGGUCAGCUGGCAGAGUCGCAGGUUGUUCAGGCGAGCGCGUUGCUCAGGCUCUAUUGCGCUCUGCGAGGCAUCGGUGGCAUUAAAUUUCAAGAUGACGAAGUGACGAUGAUCGUACAGCUCCUGACGUCGCAUCCACCACCAUCUCCGGCCGGCGUACGCUUCGUGUCUCUUGGCUUAUGCAUGCUGAUCGCGUGCCCCUCUCUGAUCGGGCAUCACAAUCUAGAGAAGCGCAGUAUUGAAUGGGUGCAAUGGUUGGUACGCGAGGAGGCUUACUUUGAGAGUGCGAGCGGCGUCACGGCCAGUUUUGGUGAGAUGCUACUGCUGAUGGCGAUACACUUUCACAGCAAUCAGCUGUCAGCGAUCUGUGAGCUGGUUUGCGCCACACUCGGCAUGAAGAUACCCAUCAGACCUAACAAUCUCACGCGGAUCAAGCAGAUCUUCAUGCAGGAGAUUUUCACGGAACAGGUAGUCACGGCGCACGCGGUCAAAGUACCGGUCACGGCGAAUCUGAACGCUAAUAUUCCCGGCUUUCUACCGGUGCACUGCAUCCAUCAGUUGCUUAAAUCACGAGCAUUCGCGAAGCACCGGGUACCCAUCAAGAACUGGAUAUAUCGACAGAUCUGUGCCAGCGUGCCACCGCUGCAUCCGGUUCUGCCAGCCUUGGUGGAGGUCUACGUCAACUCUAUCCUGAUGACAAACAACAAAACGUCCGAGCACACGAACAAGCCCAUCACCGAGAAUGAGAUCUGCCGGGUGUUUCAGAAUAGCGUAUUUGGAGCGAAUUUUGACUUCAAGCAGAAUCCCGUUAACGCCAUGCAGAUAGAUGCCGAUAAUAUGGACAUCGACACAUCGAAACCUUCGCUCACCUCUCAGUUGCUGCUGCUGUAUUAUCUUUUGCUUUACGAAGACGUGAGAUUAUCCAACAUGCACACCUUCCUAUCGCAAAGCAGAAAGGUCAAGUCCUAUUCAACGGAGUUUUUGUCCGAGUUACCGAUCAAGUACCUAUUGCAGUUGGUCCAGCGGGAUCAGAUGAACUAUGCUAGUCUGUUCUCGCCGCUUCUUCGGUUAUUGGCUACACAUUUUCCUCAUCUGUCUCUAGUGGACGAUUGGCUCGACGAUGAGAUGAUUAAUAUAGAUUCCGCUAUCGCGAGCUACGAAAGCACGAAAAUUAGUGACAUCGCGAUUGUCGAGGCAUUUAGCCAUGUCAAAACUUGUCCGUCAAGGACCGGUAGAUUAUUGAGACAACUGAUGGCGUUAAAACCGACAGAGAUCUGGCCUCACGCCGAAUUGAUAAUACAUUAUUUUAAGGAUGUUCUCGACGAGCAGGUUCCUAGAUAUAUACAAGAACUUUAUAAGCAAGUGUGGCUCAGACUUAACACUGUACUACCGCGUUGUCUAUGGGUCCUCUCCAUAAAUGCUCUGCUAAUAGAAAAUUCAAUAGUGAAAAAUGUCUUUUUGACACAAGACAAUAUUGUGUUAGAUCCGUUGCAAGUAUUAAGAUGUGACACGAGAGUUUUUAGAUGUGCGCCGAUUUUAUCUGUAAUUCUAAGAAUUUUACAAGCUACAUUGGCCGCCUCUCGAUCUCAAUUAUCCAGACACAUGCAGGAUAAGCCUUUGACCGAAAAGAUCGGGCAACUGACGAGCGAAACGGAAAGAGAAGAUCUGAGAAUAGCCUUGGUAAUGGGUCAAGAAAGCGCGGCAGUGCAGAUUUUAUUGGAAGCAUGUUUGGAAACGGAGGAAGACAAGAAAACUCCCGGACAAAUGUGGUCUCUUCGUGAAAUACGAAGUGUCGUAUGCUCCUACCUACAUCAAGUAUUCAUAGCUGAUCCAUCUCUAGCCAAAUUAGUUCAUUUUCAGGGUUAUCCACGAGAAUUGCUCCCGAUCACGGUUUCCGGAAUUCCGUCCAUGCAUAUUUGUCUCGACUGGAUUCCGGAAUUAUUGUCGCAGCCUGAAUCGGAGAAGCAAGUAUUCGCCGUUGAUUUGGCUUCGCAUCUGGCGAUUCAAUACGCUUUGCCGAAGGCUCUGAGCGUUUCCCGAUUAGCUAUUAAUACUCUGAUAACACUGUUGGGUGUAUUAUCAGCCGAGGACCGAGUCAUUCUCUUCAUGCCGGUGUUGUCGUCGUUGACGCGGAUAUGUCUAGCUUUUCCUCCUUUAGCUGAGGAUAUCACAGGAUUGUUACUACAGCUUGGCAGAGUUAGCACGGCUCAAGCAGCAUUGGGUGACAAAGCGGCGGAUCUUCUGUGUCAAGAAGUGAACGCGACGUUUUGCACUCUGUUGCAGAAAGCUAUACUGCAAUCGCGAGUUUACUGAAGUGCGAUUCAGCUGUACUAAAGAAAUGUUAACUGUUUAUAAGUUUACUGUUUAAGAAUUAAGAUGCGUUAUGUGUACAUAAAUUUGUAUUACUUAUCUAUCACUGUAAAGCGACUUUCAAUUUUGUAAGCUAUUUUUUUUAAUUGUGUACGAAUUAGAUAUCUUUGAUACAUUUUACAACAUUAAUGGGCGCGUUCAGCAGACAUGUUGAGGUAUUCUAGAUUAUCCACUCAGACUUUGGUUCUAGAGAAUACAGUAAUAACAGCGAUCGCUCACUCAAUUGUUUACUGAACAUGUCCCAUAAAACCAUAUUGCUUGACCAAGUCUGUCGAUCAAGUAAUGAGUAUAUCUAUGAUUAAGUUAGAGAUGUGUGCAGUGUGUAAGAUUACCAAUUAGUGUAUUUUGUUUUUCUGUAUAUAUAACGUCUUUUUAUCUAUGAAAACACUGAUUGUAUAUAUUUAUUUUGAAAUAUUAAACAUAUGUACAAAAGAA